UUUUUUUCUUUUUUGUCAUGGCUCCAAGUUGCCUCUUUCGAACGGAUAUUUCCAAGCCGCUGUCUGGUCAUCGAGAACUGUCAAGACGAAGCCAAUGUCUUGAAUUGCCGAGAGGUGCAAACCUUCCUCCACGUCACUCUCCAUCGACUCCUGUAUAUAUGAAGCCUCUGAGAGCUGCGGCUUUGUUUAAUGCAUGGAUUUGAGUCAUUGAUUACCUUUGAAACCCUAGUCCGAUCCACUUGGACAUCAGAUCAAGACGACAAGGACGAAUUCCGUUAACGUCGGAAAGGAUAUGAUGCAUAGACACUUUCAACACAUGCUUUAGGAGAGUUUUCAUACGGAAGGCCGAGCUCCAAUGUAUUCCC